AAGACAGCUGCUAAGAUGGAGAGACUCCAGGUUGACAUGGAAACACAUUAUGCUGAGGUGGUUAUAGAAGUGGGAAGCAUCACUUUGGGGGAGGAGUAUAGGAAGAACAUGACCGACAGUCAUCUGAAGAGGACACAGAAUUCUAGAAUCAUCCAAGCCAUAUGUGCACUGUUAAAUUCAGGCGGGGGAAUCAUCAAAGCUAAGAUUGAUAACAGAAGCUACAAUUACUGCUGUGAUGGGUUAGGUCAAGAUUUGGAAACGUCCUUCCAAAAGCUUCUACCCUUGGCUUCACAGGAAUUCCUUGACUACAUGCAACAAGACCACAAUCUUUUCAUUUUUGUAAAGCCCUGGAUGAAGGCUGCUGGCCCCCAGUUACGAAUCUGUAGUUUGUCCUCAAAUAUAUUCCAAAGAGAUGUAACUUGCACUGUCAACCUGACUGCCAAUAGGGCAUUAGAACUUCUAAAGGAGAAACAAUCUAAAAUCCAAAGAAGAAGGGAAAAUCUUCCAAUGUGGAAUCCCAAGAAAGUUAUUGUGAGCAAAGUUCAAGAAGAGGAAGACAUAAGGUUGUCUGCCUCAGAAUUUUUUAAAAAGGACCGGCUUUUGUACAAGGAGAAACUCAACUUUACUGAGUCGAUUCACGUUGAAUUAAAAAGGUUCACAACCAAGAAGAUCGUCCCUAGGAUAAAAGAUGUGUUGCCCCGUUAUGUUUCUGCAUUUGCAAAUACCAAAGGAGGAUACUUAAUAAUUGGAGUGGAUAAUAAGACCAAUGAAGUAUUUGGAUGCAAAAGAGACAAGGUGGACCCUCUCAGGCUAGAAAAGGAGAUAGAAAGCUGCAUAAGAAAACUGCCCAUCUUCCACUUUUGCUCUGUGAAACCAAACAUAAAUUUCACAACCAAAAUCAUCGAUGUAUAUGAUAACAAUACCCUAUAUGGUUAUGCCUGUGUGAUCAAAGUAGAGCCCGUCUGCUGUGUUGUCUUUGCAGAAGCCCCAGAUUCCUGGAUCAUGAGAGAGAACUUUGUUGAAAGACUGAAGGCUGAGGAAUGGGUGUCCAGGUUAAUGGAUAUUCACCCAGCUCAUUCCAGUUCAGCUCAGGACGAUGACCAGUCAGUGACUGACCCGCUCAGCAGAUUGGCAUGUUCAGAACAAGCCCGGCUACAUAAGACGACCCUGCAGCAAAGUUUGCUUUCAGUGACCCGACAGGAGAUAGGAUUCAAGCCGGAAUCCCUCUGCAAGGAGCUGUUCUCAGAGCACAAUGGUUUGGAGAAGCUGAUGAAGGAGAAGACCCGUCACUUUUCUCUGGGGAUCCUGAUAUUUUCAAGGAGCUGGGCUAGUGACAUUGGCUUAAGGAAGGAUGAUAGAGUUCUGUGUGAUGCUCUCCUUAUUGCAGUUAACAGUCCCCCAAUACUUUAUACAAUAGUCAGAGGACCCAAUAAGAUGGAUGGGCUUGAAUAUUCCAGACUCACUGCUCUCCAGCUAAAGCAGAAGCUUGCCAAUGUGGGGCAUUACCCUGGAAAAGUGGGCAUCAUUCCCCAGCUGUUGCACCUGCCUGGCCCUCAGAGUGAGAUUAUCCAAGUACAGUACCCCCAAUCCUACAUUCUUGCUACAGAAUAUGAAUUGGAAGACUUGCUGCAAUCACUUGUAGUAGUCCUGCUAUGUUUUAUCUCUCUUUUAAGUGACCAGCUUGGGUGUCAAUUUUUGAACCACCUUGCAUCUGACCAAUCUAAGCAGCUUUCACAAAGUCUCCAGGAAACCAGGGAGUUAUUUAUCCUUUGCUUACCAGGAACCCGGAAAACCGCCAUGGUCAUCAAAAUCUUGGAAGAGAUCAGGAAUGUGUUUCACUGUGAAGCAAAAGAAAUUCUCUACCUUUGUGAAAAUGACCCCCUGAGAGAAUUUGUAAGUCAGCAAAGUACCUGCCAAGCUGAGACUCGGAAAAUGUUCAUGAGAAGAGAGUUCCCAAAGAUUAAACACAUAGUAAUAGAUGAAGCUCAGAAUUUCUGCAGUGAAGAUGGAGAUUGGUACACAAAAGCUAAGAACAUCACUCAUCCAAAGGAUGAGGAGGCUGGAAGGAAGAGCCUUCACCAAGGGAUUCUGUGGCUCUUUAUAGACUCUUUUCAAGCAAGUCAUAUGGGAGUCAGUGGCCUUCCACUUCCAUCAAUGCAAUAUCCAAGAAAAAAACUCACUCGAGGGAUCUAUAAUGCUCUAGAAAUAGCGAUAUUCAUGAAACAAGAAAUGAAGAAGAUCAAAGAAAACCAACUGGGGCACUUGCCUCCUGAGUCAUUGGCAUUGUUUAGGGAAGACGUGUAUGAGGAUGCUAUCCACGCUUACGCUUUACCUGGAGUGUGUAAAGAAGAAAGAAAUCUGACAGAGGCGGAACUAGCAAAUUAUGUGGCAAGAAGAUGUCAGAGUCUCUUCCAAAAUGGCUAUUCUCCUAAAGAUAUUGCUAUUUUGUACAGUAGGAGUGAGGACCGAGAACACUAUGAGCUUAUUCUUCAAACAACAGUGGAAUCAAUCAGGACCCACAGGAUAACAGGGGUUGGAUUCAGCAGGGCAUCUGAUGUCUUGGGUAAUGCUAUCAUUCUAGACAGAAUACAGCAGUUUUCAGGUCUGGAGAGAAAUAUUGUGUUUGGUAUCAUUCCAGUCUGUUCUGGGCCUGAGGUUCCUCAGAAUCUCUUGCUCUGCUUUGCAUCCAAAGCUAUUAGACACCUAUAUCUGCUAUAUGAAAAGAAGGAAGAUCUGUGAAAGAUAUUAUAAAUUAUCCAAACAGCCAGUGUUUUCAGAACUUGGAAUUUAUUCAAACCUUUGCUAAGUUUAUCAAACAGGAGAUUGUUAUAUUCGUUUAUUUCUGCGUUUUGUGUGCCUA